GUUUCUCAAAAAUGGCAUCAAUUCAUACGUCCGACGACGAGUCAAGAGUGGAAAAUUUAGCUAACAAAUCAGUAAAAAUUGCAUUUUAAUUGCACCAAACGGAUCGACAUUGUUUGAAUAUCAUGCAAACACUGACUGAGAGUGAAAACAAAUCGAUUUACUCAAAGGCUGUAACCUUGCGGGCGUGGAAUUUGUGUAAUUCUGAGUUCCGAAUUUAAACUAUCGAAGACGAGAAAUCCCAUUGCUGCGAAAGUGUGUGCGAGUGCGAGUGGUAAAGCUGCGAAAGAAGACAAGUAGGCAGCAGAAACACGUACUCGGCAGGCUGCCUGAAAGUGUUGCUUGUUCAAUGCGGGGGUAGAGGAAGCGAAUUGAUCCGGUGGAGUGUGUAUGAAGGAAGGCGUAAAAACGGAGGAUUUUUAUCGAUCGUUCGCGUUUUGUUUUUCUGUUUUUACCUUACGGAAAGGCCAGUGCAGCAGCACCUGUCAGAUUAGCUAGGCUGGUCUGAGUGGCUGCUCGGGUCCGGAAGCUAAUAAUAUCGGAAAGAUUCCCGGAGCAAAGUUGAGUGUGUGCGACAGAACUAACGCGAGUGUAAACAUUCCUUGUAUAGCAGGUUGUGGGGAAAGACGGUGGGAUCGCCGCCGAGAAAUGUCAAAAUAGAGCCGCCGCGGUGAGAAUCGGUCGAUCGUGCGAAGGGAGCGUUAUUUUCGGUGUGUAUGCAAAUUGUGUCAUGUAGCCGUACACAGUGGCAGAGCAUGUGCUUUGAAAAAUUGAAUAAAAUUUGUCUUGUUAAACUCGUUGCUUGAAAGGAAGUGUACAACAGUUAAUUGUCGGCUAAAAAUCUCGACUUUUCUGCGGAACACUCUGUUCCGGACACCGGUUCACCAGGUAUCGAACGAUACGGUACGAAGGAAGUUUGUAUGCGAAAGCGUAUAGACCCGACGAAUCUCGCUGGCUUAGAGGUACUUAACAACCGGCCCACUUGGCCUAUCCGCUUCCAAUCAACCACGCAUCCAUCCAGCCAUCCAUCCAUUCUUUGCGGCAAACUGCAGUGGCCAUUACCUGACCACAGAAACAGAAACAGCCGGUACAAGCCCAACUAUUACUACUACAACACCAAUCACGCUGACAGAAAGCAUCGCCAUCUUCACCCAGUCACCGCAUCAGAGGUGAAUGGUUUCAUCACGUCACCCACUGACCGAUUAGCUAGCUAAAUAGGCUCACUACAUUCAGGAUCUUUGGCGCGCAACAACUAACUACAGAAAAAAAAACACAUCCAGUUUAUCAAAAAAGGCCGUUACUGAUCCGUCAAUAACAUCCGAGAAGUGCUGCAGAAAAUAAAAUCGAUACUGUGAUUUACUUCGUCUGUAUUUAAUUUUCUGUGUUAAUCUAUUACUGUGUUUUGUUUACUGUGUGAUAUGUUCUACUAGAUAGUGUUGCAAAUAGUGCGAAAAAAGAUUCCAGCAAGUGAGCAUUCUAUACGUAGCAAACUUAGGUGGGGGAGCAAGUGUUCAAACGCAACUGAAAAUUAGUUCCCCACGAAAAAUCGAAAGCGACCUGUGAAGGUCGGCGGUACCUAACCGGUUAAAAGUGACCAAUUGACCGCGACUGGUCCACCGCUAAAAACAUACGGUGCCCACGGUUGUGUGCGGUCGCUGCUGCUAGGGUGCGUGCGUGCGUGUCCUGUUUACAAGGUGACGGCCGGAAGCGACAAGAUGGACAGUCCCGGCGCUGUUGGAAGGCGUCGUGGAAACUCACGCAUCAAUGCCGAAGAUCAAGCGCUCGACCAGAUCGCCAAAGAGGCGGAGGCUCGACUGGCAGCUCGACGACAAGCACGUGCUGAAGCGCGCGAAAUCCGUAUGCGCGAGCUGGAGAGGCAGCAAAAGGAGCUGGAACAAAAUGCCGACCGAGUGUUCGACCUGCAGCAACAGUCUGCCGGCUUGUCGACGCCGGACUCGUCGCUGGGGUCUCGGUCCGCUCGACUGGCCGCCGGAAGCCCUGCGGUGCGGGGAAGUUCGCUAUCAUCCCGAAGAAGCAGCGAGGAUUCCCUGGAAGAAGAAGGCCGAAGUUUGCGGGAUCUGCGACAUGAGCUGAAGGACGUGGAAGAACGGUUCCGUAAAGCCAUGGUUGCUAACGCACAGUUGGACAACGAACGUGCCUCGCAGAGCUACCAAAUUCAGCUACUGAAGGAUAAGCUGGAGGAAAUGGAAGAAUCGCACGCACAGCUGCAGCGGGAGUACAAGGAAAAAUGCCGGGAUCACGAUGCCUUGAAGCGUGCUAAUGACAAACUGUCCGAAGAGCUGAAGUUGACUCAAGGUCAGCUGCAGGAACGAGACACGCUGAUCGAGGAACAGGGAAUGGUAAUCGUGACGGUUGAAAACGAAGACGGUUCCGACGCAAGACGUGCACUAGUCACAGUGGAGAACGCACAACUGCUAGGAUCCGUGCAAGGCUCGUUAGAUGUAAGACUUAAGAAAUUCUCCGAGGAAAAACAUGAACUGCAAAACGAAGUGCAAACGCUGCAACAGCAGCUGAAAGACGUCAAGACCAAGGGCAGAAAGUACGGUUCCAUCAACGGAGCGUUGGACGACGACGAUUACGAGGAUGCACAAAGAGAAGCGAAUAAGCUAAUAACUGACUAUAAAUACAAGCUGCAGAAAGCGGAGCAGGAAAUUGCCAACCUGCAGGCCAGUUUGGCUCGGUCCGAGACGCAGGUGAUCCGAUACAGGAGUACCGCGGAGGCGGCAGAAAAAGCUGAGAGUGAUCUUAAAAUCGAAAGGAGAAAACUUCAGCGGGAGAACCGUGAAGCAAUGGACCGUCUGGAAGAGCUGGAAACCUGCAACAACCAUCUGCUGAAACGACUCGAUAAACUGAAGAACGCAAAAAGUGCCCUUCUGAAGGACCUCUGAUAGGUUUCGCGGUUUCGAUUUUGUUUCCUCUUUUUUUUUUUUGGUUUGUUUUGAACGAACGAUCCAAACUUCGGUUGACAAACUUCCAUUGCCUAAAGUAUAGGUACCUAUUAUUGCACCAAGUAAGCUCGCUUUUUUCGCAGUUGUUAUCACAGGAUAAAUUACGGAUUUUUUAGAAACUUGUAUUUAUUGUGGAAAUUCAUCAUUUUCAAAAACACCAGGUCCAUUGGUUUGUUUUGUAUGGCUUACUAUCAUAAACAGCUAGUGUUCACAAAACAUUGCGCUUCAAACUGUAAUGUAAAAUCACUAUACGCUACCAGCUUUACGCAUAUGUGUAAUAUAGAACUGUAUAAUAACACAAAAAGUUAUUAUUGAUCUUUGUUUGUGGACUACCCUUAGAACCUUACCAGUUAUGUAUAGUAAAUAAAAUCGAUUGAAUGAAAAGUAUAGGUCUUUGUUUGCAGUAAUAAAUUAAACUUAUUAUCUAUGUAUUUAACAAACAGACUAGUGUAAAUUGAUACCGCAGAGAUUAGGCACUAUUAGGGCAAACGAUGAAAAAAAACUGUGUAUAUCUUAAAUGAAUAGGUAUAUUGCGAACAACAGGCAACAUUUUAAAUACUUAAUUUAUUUAAACAUAGCUGUUAAAAACAAGUCACGUUUCAUCGAGCAAAAACAAAACGUAGUUCUAGAGGAAUGCCAACAUAAAAAAUAGCUAUAGAGAAAAUACGCGUUUUGGGGCAACAAAGAAAAAAGGCAACUUUAAACGGGAAGAAUCACUUGCCUAAAUCAAAGACGUGUGACAAUGCCCGUCACACUGCGGGGCUAACCGCUAUUCCGUACAGAAAGCAGAGUAGAAGAGCUCAGUGAGAAUAUUGAUAUGAAGACAAACAAGGUAAGUUAAUAUUCUAGUUAGAAUGGUCAGACAUAACGAAGUCGUUUUUUUCUGUUGUUGACACGCUCAUUAAUCAUACGUUUUUUGGUUCCUGUAACAAUGUCUUUCCCAACAUAAUAUCGCCUUCCUAAUUUGUUGACUAUUUUGUAAAUAUAGACAAAUCAGAAAAAUUACCAUUUGCAUACCAUAUACCAUCAUCGCUCCCGUGAACGGGUGUUUGGUUGCUCCCGCGCAGUCCAAUACUCGGAGUUUGCUUGAAACCUUUUACAUACUCUUAAACUGCCAUAUUUUCGCUGCUUUUUUGUUUUGUUUCUUCAAUAUGGCGGACGUUUUCUCCUUUGACGCCAUUUUUUGCGAGUAUAUAUAGAGAAAUAAUUUGUACAUUUCCAAUCGGAAUCAGAUUUCCUUCCUGUAAAAUUAUGUAAUACAAACAAAUGUGACACCACACAAGACCGCUACUUUCUAUUGAGUUAGAGCGUGCGACGAGAGCACAUCAGGUUAAAAGAACGAAUUUUUGAUAGCGAAAACCAAUUGUUAGAAACCACACGAUGGCAGCAGCACACUACUACCAUAAGCAGUGUUAAAAAUCAUAAAUAUAUGAAUACCGGUACCGAGUUCUAGCAUUCUUCCCUUGAAGGUCUGGAAGAAAAAAAUGUGUGUAACGAAAUUGAUGGUAUAAAUAGAUUACAUUUAUACUCCGAACCGAACCGAAGUGAAAUACAACAAGUUUCUGUUAGGUAUCAAAGGACACAUGUGUAGUAACAAGAUAGAAGACCCCCGUGGGUCUAAUGCAGAGAAAUAUACA